AUACAUUGGAGAAAAUCAUUUUGUUACCUCUGAAAUGCUUACUUUUAAUUUAUGUGUGUGCAUGUAUGAACUGAUAUAUGAAAGACAUAUGGGUUUGCAUCAAGAACUAACUGAACUUCUGAAAUUUAAAACCCAGAAACUUUUUUCUGCUAUCUUAUUGUGCCUUAGAACUUUCCCCGAUAUUUCUCUAAAGAAGACACAAUCUCUGAUGACAUCUGGAUGAUUUUGGGUAUCUAGUCUGUGCAUUAAGGAUGAAAGGAGGCUUGCAUGGACUGAGGAAUAAACAUGUCUAUCUCAUCCUGAUUGCUCUUGCCUGUGCAACUGUGGUUGUGUGGCGUUUUGAAAUCCCCCUAUUUCUUACGUUCAUACUUCCGCCUCAGAGUCAUGUCUUGUGGUUGUCUCCAGGUUGGCCCCCAUUAAUUUUUUUUCUAUUUAACAUGAUUUCUUUUUGUCAGUCAAUAUUUAAGAUUGGCUAUGUAUAGAUUGAUCCAUUGCAACAGGUUUAAGUGAGUAAAUGAAAGUUGUAAAGAGUGCAUCAUAAUAUUCUGUGUAUCCUUUUAUUUUCAUACCAAAUAAUUAAGGAACCAGCCAUUAAAUCUCACUGAAAUUGAGUGGGAUAGCUCAUACAUUAUUGGAAUAGGAUGCACUCGGGAGCGAUUGAAAUUGGAAGGGGGCACAAUCAACGGGAAAAAAAAAAGUGCGGUAAGUGAGCAGGAGGAAUAUCAAUGCUUUUGGAAAUCAGCUCCAAUGGGACCUCAAGAAAUGCUCUCCUAAAAGAGCAUGAUUACAACAAAUUGUAAUAGCAACUCCUGUUGAAGACCACGGUAGCAUGUUGCUUCUGCUGUAACCUUUGAGGAUAUGGGAAACUUGAUGAACAUAGUGUUGUACCCUUUCACUUGGACUAUUAGCCUGCUGGACCCCAUCAAAUUGGCAUGGCUGCAUUUUGUUAGAGCAACAUUUUCAUUUUCACAUCAUUACUUCUAGUUCCUAGUUUUACUGUAUUGAAUUAGUGGUUGCAAUUCGAUAUAUCUUCCCCUUUUUCAUGUUGGGAUUGUAUCGUGAAGUGUUACUCAUCUGUAAUUUUUCAUGAUGGCAGAUGGAAAAAUAAAAGACAAACAAGUUUUAGAAGGAGAAAAUAGCCCAGAUCAAUCAGAAAAAGGUGUGGAUUUGGAAGUGCCAAUGAAUUCCUUAAACACAAAUUCUUCUGUGAGAAAUGAAGAGAAAAGAAGCUCAACAAAUAUUUUGGACAAAGAGCAGGAAAUCCCCCCUAAUGUAACAGAAGUCUCAGAUAUCAAACAAGUUUCAGAAGAAAAGAAUAGUUCAAAGCAUGGAGAAAAGAAUCUAAUAGCACAAAUGAGUUCUGUUAAAGGAGAAUACGAGAACAUUUUGGCGACUCGUGUGGAAAAUCAAGCCUGUAACUAUGCUAGAGGAAAAUGGGUCACAAAUGAUAGUUGGCCUUUGUAUUCUGGAUUUGGAUGCAAGCAAUGGCUGUCAUCAAUGUGGGCUUGCCGCCUGACACAGCGCAAGGAUUUUGAGUAUGAGAAAUUACGGUGGCAACCAAAAGAUUGUGAAAUGGAAGAUUUUACGGGCUCUAAGUUCCUGAGAAGGAUGCAGAAUAAAACUCUAGCUUUUAUCGGGGAUUCAUUGGGACGACAGCAGUUCCAGUCACUAAUGUGCAUGAUCACAAGUGGUGAAGAGAGGGCUGAUGUUCUGGAUGUUGGAAAGGAGUACGGUCUUGUCAAAGCUCGUGGUGCUGCACGCCCUGAUGGAUGGGCUUAUCGGUUCACGAGCACCAAUACUACCAUACUGUAUUAUUGGUCUGCGAGCCUCUGUGGCUUGGAGCCCCUUGAUAUGACUAACCCAACCACAGAUGUUGCCAUGCAUCUUGAUCGGCCACCAGCUUUUUUGCAUCAUUUCCUUCACAAAUUUGAUGUCCUUGUUCUCAAUACUGGACACCAUUGGAAUAGAGGGAAGCUCAAGGCUAACCGUUGGGUCAUGUAUGUUGGUGGUGUGCCUAAUACCAAUAGGAAAAUUGCAGAUAUCGCAGGCGCCAAAAACUUCACAGUUCACAGUAUCAUCGAGUGGGUAAACUCUCAGCUACCAAAAUAUCCGGGCUUGAAAGCAUUCUACCGAUCUAUUUCACCGAGACAUUUCUUUAAUGGAGAUUGGAACACUGGAGGUACCUGUGAUAAUACCACCCCGCUCUCUGGUGGGAAGGAAGUUUUACAGGACGAACCUAGUGAUCAUCUUGCUGCAGGGGCAGUGAAGGGAAAACAGGUUAAGCUCUUGGAUAUCACAGCUCUGUCUCUGCUGAGAGACGAGGGUCAUAAAUCUCGAUACAGCCUUAAAGCCACGCCAGGAGCACAUGAUUGUCUGCAUUGGUGCUUACCUGGUGUUCCAGAUACAUGGAACGAAAUUCUUUUUGCGCAGCUGUAGUCCAACAAAGCUGGCAUCUAGUGACGAAUAAGGGGACACCCCCUCUUAAUGGCUUGAAACAAAAAGAAUUACCUGUUGCCACAAUUCUUUUACAAGUGCAUUCACACACAGUGGAAGAUGUCAUUCAAUAGAGUUACCAAUUGGAGUUUGUGUUCUACACAGAUAUCCUGACGAGCUGUAGCAAUCUGUGAUCGAUAGCCUUAUUGAACGGUCUCUUUCAUGCAUACCGUAGCUUGCUUCAUUUUUCUUUUUGGUUAGUUUUAAUAUAUGAAAUGGUUGGACAAUUACCAAAGAACGUCCUCUCUUGAAGAAUAGAAAAACCCUUCUAAAAGUGGAUGAUGGGGAAACAAGAAUUAAACACCCGAACAUACCAAACAUUCUCUUUACUGUUUAAGGAUCUUUCAAUCUCUGA